GUGUACGCCUGGUUCGCAGUGAAGCCGAGCUUUUUUUUAUUCCGGAUUUUGAAUCACUGACGAGUUCGCGUUUCGAACAGACCGGUAAAGAGGAUAGUCGAUAUUUUUCAUUAGAGCGAGUGAGCUGCAGCGUUGAGAAUAAAGUCAAGACAUUAUUUGACGAAAAAUUACUAAAAAUAAGAAAGAAAUAAAGUAAGGCUUGACAUUUGAGAGAGGGAUUUAUCGCACCUGACAUAUCGACGGAGAAAAACAAAAGACAAUAAUACGAGAUCAAUAAUGGCCGACGCGGAAUUGAGUAACCUUUUAAACAGGAGACAGAGGAUCAACGAGGAACUUGAGGAGGGAAAAGAAGUGAAGAAGGAGUACAAAUACGUGAACGUAUACACGGAAUUCCACGAAUUCUCGAGGCGCGAAAUCAAGCAGUACGAACAGACCUUCAACAGAUUUGACGAUGGCCGCGACGGUUUCCUUGAUCUCGCUGAACUCAAACGGAUGAUGGAAGUUCUCGGGGCUCCGCAAACUCAUCUUGGCCUGAAAGCAAUGAUUCAGGAGGUAGACGAGGAUCGUGACAGCCGAAUCUCUUUCCGCGAGUUUCUCCUCAUAUACCGGAAAGCUCGAGCCGGUGAGCUGGACCAGGGAUCCGGGCUGGGACAACUCGCAAGACUGACGGAAGUCGACGUUGACGAGGUGGGCGUAAACGGUGCCAAAAACUUCUUCGAAGCCAAGAUUGACGAGCUACGCAAAGCCAACAAAUUUGAAGAUGAGAUCCGGAUGGAACAAGAGGACCGUAAACGCGAGGAAGAAGAAAGAGCUGCUAGACGCGCACAAUUUCGUGAAAAGGCUGCCCUCUUUGGUAAUAACUGAGAUAAGAAACUAGACGAAGAGAUGGGAAGAGAAGGGCAGAGGAGAGAAACGAAACCGCAACAUGUACACUAUAAAAGUUUAGAAGCAAAAAAAAAAAGAGCUCCGGAGUCAAAGUAUGCAAUAUAGUUUUGUAAAGUUUCGAUGUAUUUUAAAAUGUUGAUCAUUGUUUGUUGAUAUGAAGCUAGGUGUUAUAUAAUUCUUGAGCGUGUUUAUAAGUGGAUAUGUUAUAUGUAGAAUACGUAUAAUUGAAGUUAUCUAUCAGACAUCCUUGUAGUUAUGUUAAAGGUCAGAGGUAUAUAACAAUUUGCAAACUGCUCGCAACAAGAGAACGAAUAUAUUAUAAUGUAUAAAUAGAUAGAUAGAUAGAUAGAUGGAUAACUUCAAGCAAGAUCGUAAUAGUCAAUCUUCGUCACGAA